AUGUCGACUGAGCGUAAUGGAAAACAGAAAAAUCUUGACGACGAUGACCUCGAUGAAUGUCAGCAUGAUAAUCCAACAUUCCGAAUUUGUUGCAUCGGUGCUGGAUAUGUUGGUGGUCCAACAUGUGCCAUCAUUGCCAGCAAAUGUCCACAUAUACAAGUGACAGUAGUUGAUGUUAGUGCAGAGAGAAUCGCUGCAUGGAAUUCUGAUCAUUUACCAUUGUUCGAACCGGGACUUGAAGGAAUAGUUAAAAAGAUUCGCAAUCGUAAUUUGUUCUUCUCAACUGAUACGAAAACAGCCAUUCGAGAAGCUGACCUAAUCUUUAUUAGUGUUAAUACGCCAACGAAGUCCUAUGGAUUUGGAAAUAUUAUAGGACGAGCACCGGAUUUACGUUAUGUAGAAGAAGCCGCACGGCAGAUUGCUCAUACGGCAACUAGCAAUAAAAUCGUUGUAGAAAAAUCAACAGUACCUGUCAAAGCAGCUGAAUCAAUAAAGACAAUUUUAAAGACAAACAAGCAGCCUGGUGUCAGCUACCAAGUUCUAUCGAAUCCCGAAUUCUUAGCUGAAGGCUCAGCAAUCAGUGAUCUUCUAGCACCCGACCGUGUUCUCAUCGGUGGCGAUGAAACAAUCGAAGGAUCAUUGGCGAUCAAAAAAUUAGCCUGGAUCUAUGAACAUUGGGUACCGAAAGAGAAAAUUCUUACAACGAACACGUGGUCAUCGGAAUUAUCGAAAUUAGUUGCUAACGCAUUUUUAGCUCAACGCAUCUCAAGUAUCAAUACAAUAUCUGCUGUCUGCGAAGCAACAGGUGCAUCUGUAAGUGAAGUGGCCAAAGCAGUUGGUUUAGACUCACGUAUUGGCAACAAAUUUUUGAAUGCGAGCAUCGGUUUUGGUGGUAGUUGUUUCCAGAAGGAUGUUUACAAUUUAAUUUAUCUUGCUGAAUCUCUAAAAUUAGAACCAGUCGCUCAAUAUUGGUUGCAAGUGAUUAAAAUAAACGACUGGCAACGUGAGCGGUUUGCACAGAUGAUUGUGCAGAAUUUAUUCGGAAGUGUUAGCAGUAAGAAAAUCGCUAUUCUGGGAUUUGCAUUCAAAAAAGAUACAGCUGACACGCGUGAAUCUUCGAGUAUUUAUGUCUGUCGAUAUUUAUUGGCUGAAGGUGCAUCGCUGCACAUCUAUGACCCCAAAGUGUCAGUCAGUCGCAUAUUUCUUGACUUAUCUGAACAAACUGGAAAAACAGAAGAUGAAUUACGUGAACACGUUCAGAUUGCCAACGAUGCAUAUGAAGCCGCCAAAGAUUCUCACGCGCUUGUGGUUUGUACUGAAUGGGAUGAAUUUAAACAAUUAGAUUAUCAAUUGAUCUAUAGUACAAUGAAAAAGCCAUCAUUUAUAUUUGAUGGUCGUCUCAUUCUUGAUCACGAUCAAUUACUAAGUUUUGGAUUUAAUGUCUUUUGUAUUGGAAAGAAACCACCGAAUAAUCAAUAUAUGAAUCAAAGUCCUCGAUAA